GGUGCACUAAAUUGGCAAUAAUGUCGUGUAAACAAAGCCAGAAUAUAUCCUCUUCAAAGCUAUCGUCAAUGUCCAGCUAUCAAUCUUCUUCUUCUAAACCGAGGACGAGCUCGCUCCCUCUCGACCUCCUCCGCGACAUCCUCUCUCGCCUACCCACGAUAUCGCUCCUCAAGCUGAGGUCCGUUUGCAGAGAAUGGCGCGACGUCAUCGACGAUCCGCACUUCGCCGCCAUGCACACCACCACUGGGAUCGAAAGUCCCCGGAUUCUGCUGCUCCUGGGGCCGAGCCGCAGCACGGAGCACUGGUUUGCAGUGGACAAUGAGUUCCUGGUGACUUCGCUCCCCAAAUCGGCUGCGAGGUCGUGGCUCUACGGAGCCAGGGCUUCCUGUCACGGGUUGCUAUGCUUCGACGACCUCUGCCAAGGCCUGACCUAUCUCCUCAAUCCUCUGACCCGAGAAAUUAUUUCGCUGACGAGCGUCGAGCCAUGGCGCGUACAGUGGCGUCCGCACAGGAUUGGAAUUGGGGUCGACUGCUUGACCCGCCGGUACAAGAUCGUCCGCCUGAGCUGCUCUAUUGACUGUGCAGCCCGCCCGAUUAAGGCAGAGGUCCUUGAUCAGGGCUCGCGUUCAUGGAGGGACAUAGCGAGCGUCCCUCCCAGCCACCUCCUCGGAGGCCCCGUGUUUGCUGCCGGAUCAAUCCACUGGGAAGCUGCCGGUGGAGGCGGCCUCGUCAGGAUCUCAUCCUUCGACAUCACGAAGGAGGAGUUUGCAUGGACUCCAUGCCCCGAGCUUCGAGACGCCCACCUGGUGGACCUCCGGGGAGUUCUGGGGCUCGUCGACAGCUCGCACCAGGAGAGGCUGGACGUGUGGGCGAUGAAGGAGAGUGGGCGGUGGGUGAAGCAGUACAACGUCCGACUGAACUCGCCGUGCCCCGUUAGCGGUCACUGGUUCCUCACCGUUCUGGGCUGUGGUGGCCGGAAGAUCGUGUUCAAGUACUUGGAGAGCCUGUUGUGCUAUAAUCCGGCGACGGACGAGCUGGAGUAUGUGCAAAGAGCAGGCGAUGCACCGGACAGACGUGCUUGCAGCAUCACCAUCAGUUUGCUUUCUCCGGCGAAGCUGUGGAACGCCAACAAAGUCCUGCCUUGGGUUGCAUAAAAAAAUAUUGUCAUAAA